AUGGCUGACCUUGUGGCAAGCCUCAUCGGAAUCAUAGGCGCAGGGACCAAAGUUGCCAUGGUUCUCUCACAAGUUGCGUCCGAGAUUGGGUCCGCUGGCAAAGAGCCCCAGAUCAUGGCUCGCGAGAUCCGUUCGUUCUGCACCAUCAUUCGCGUCUUGAGCCAGACGAUGGAUAGUGUGCAUAGCGGAAUGACAUGGAACAACUAUUCCGACUGCUCGGAGACUAUCUCAGACAUGAUGAUUGUAUCUAGGGAAAUGUUCACCGAGAUCCUUAGCCUGGUCAACCACAUCCAGAAGUCAUCCUUUGGCGGCUCCGCCUUGCCAAACAAUUCCAAGUUCAACCUUGCUAGCAGGAUCAGAUGGGUAAUGAACAAACCGAAGUUCAUCUUUCUGAGAAGCGCUCUGGAGGCAUACAAGUCGAAUCUGAGUCUCUUGGUUGGUUCGAUUCAACUAUCACAAGGCCUAGCAUUAGCUUCUAGUUCCUCAGGAUCUAGUGACGAUGUACUGCAGAAAGCGGGCACCAACAGAACGAGUCUGUCGCUGUCCAUAGACCUGCAGGAUAUCGCAAACGACUAUCGGGCCAGUAUCCAGGAAAUGGAGGCCGCCAGGCUCGAAGCUGAAAAUGAGGCAUCAUAUGAACCGCCGCCGUGGGACUCUCAGCCAGACGAGAUGGGCGUGGUUGAUUCCACCACAAUGAACGCUCGACAGGAUCCUGAGCUGCGAGAGAUGAUUGCUACAGCAGAGGAAGAGCUCUUUGUCACGGCAUAG